AUGGCUCCCAAGCAGCGUGCUGUCGGCUCCACUCGCGGGCCUCAAAAGAGCUUCCUCAGCAUCGCCUACGAGGAGGCCACCUCCCCCGAGAACACCACCAUUGUUCGGAGCAUCCUGGUUUUUGGCGCCGGUGUUGCUUUCCUCCACAGCAGCCUGAGCGAUUUCCUCCUUCCUCCGUAA